AGUCCGUCCCGGAUGGCUUCGGGGGUAACCUCUGCGUGGAGCUGAUCGCAGGGGCCGCUGGCCUUCCCGCGCACGCUGGUUCGCUCAUGGUGCGGGCCGCGGCCGCCAGUCUGCGUUCGGAUCGGCGGCGCUGACGCGCCGGGGCAGCACGCGACAUGUCGUCGGGCCUCCGCGCCGCCGUCUUCCCGCGUUGGAAGCGCCACAUCUCGGAGGAGCUGAGGCGCCGGGACCGGCUGCAGAGGCAGGCGUUCGAGGAGAUCAUCCUGCAGUAUAACAAGUUGCUGGAAAAGUCAGAUCUUCAUUCAGUGCUGGCCCAUAAGCUACAAGCCGAGAAGCAUGACGUACCAAACAGGCAUGAGAUAAGUCCCGGACAUGAUGGUUCGUGGAAUGAUAGUCAGCUGCAAGAAAUGGCCCAGCUGAGAAUUAAACACCAAGAAGAACUGACUGAAUUGCACAAGAAACGUGGGGAGUUAGCCCAGUUGGUGAUUGACCUGAAUAACCAAAUGCAGCAGAAGGACAAGGAGAUGCAGAUGAACGAAGCCAAAAUUGCAGAAUACCUGCAGACCAUCUCUGACCUGGAGACCGAGUGUCAGGAGCUGCGCACUAAGCUUCAGGACCUUGAAAGAGCCAACCAGACCCUGAAGGAUGAAUACGACGCCCUGCAGAUCACUUUCACUGCCCUCGAGGAGAAGCUGCGGAAAACUUCCGAGGAGAACCAGGAGCUGGUCACCCGGUGGAUGGCCGAGAAAGCGCAGGAGGCCAACCGCCUAAACGCGGAGAAUGAAAAGGACUCAAGGAGGCGGCAAGCCCGGCUGCAGAAGGAGCUCGCAGAAGCCGCGAAGGAACCUCUGCCAGUUGAGCAGGAUGAUGACAUUGAAGUCCUCGCGGAUGAAACCUCUGAGCACCCUGAGGAGACCUCUCCCGUGCGAGCCAUCAGCAGAGCGGCCACUAAGCGACUCUCGCAGCCUGCUGGAGGCCUUCUGGAUUCUAUCACUAAUAUCUUUGGUCUGUCCGAGUCUCCCCUUUUGGGACAUCACUCUUCUGAUGCUGCCAGGAGGCGCUCUGUCUCUUCCUUUCCAGUUCCCCAGGAUAACGUGGAUCCUCUUCCCAGUGCUGGUAAAGAAGUGCGAGUGCCGACGACUGCAGUGUCUGUCUUUGACGCGCAUGACGGGGAGGUCAACGCUGUGCAGUUCAGCCCAGGUUCCCGGCUCCUGGCCACAGGAGGCAUGGAUCGGAGGGUGAAGCUCUGGGAAGUGUUUGGAGACAAAUGUGAAUUCAAGGGCUCCCUGUCCGGCAGUAAUGCAGGAAUUACAAGCAUUGAAUUUGAUAGUGCUGGAUCUUACCUCUUAGCAGCUUCUAAUGAUUUUGCAAGCCGCAUCUGGACCGUGGAUGACUACCGGUUACGGCACACGCUCACGGGACACAGCGGCAAAGUGCUGUCUGCCAAGUUCCUGCUGGACAACGCGCGUAUCGUUUCUGGAAGUCACGACCGGACCCUCAAACUCUGGGAUCUACGCAGCAAAGUCUGCAUAAAGACGGUAUUUGCGGGAUCCAGCUGCAAUGACAUCGUCUGCACAGAGCAGUGUGUGAUGAGUGGGCAUUUUGACAAGAAAAUUCGUUUCUGGGACAUCCGAUCAGAGAGUAUUGUCCGAGAGAUGGAGCUCUUGGGAAAGAUCACUGCCCUGGACUUAAACCCAGAAAGAACUGAACUCCUCAGCUGCUCUCGAGAUGACCUGCUGAAAAUUAUAGACCUACGAAUAAAUGCUGUCAGACAGACAUUCAGCGCACCAGGCUUCAAGUGCGGCUCUGACUGGACGAGAGCUGUGUUCAGCCCUGACGGCAGUUAUGUAGCAGCGGGUGCGGCCGAGGGCUCGCUGUACAUCUGGAAUGUGCUGUCCGGGAAAGUGGAGAAGAUCCUCUCAAAGCAUCACAGCUCGUCUAUCAACGCGGUGGCCUGGUCCCCCGCCGGCUCCCACGUGGUCACUGUGGACAAAGGAAGUAAGGCCGUGCUGUGGUCGGAGUAUUGACAGCCCCUCGUCGGGAGAGAGCGGUCUGGAGCUGGAGGAGCAGGCGGGCCCCGCAGCUCUGUCCUGGCAGGUGGCGUGUUGGGUGUGGCUUUGACCUCCCGAGAAAAGCUCCAGCCGGGGCCCCGGGGCCUGCCUGCGAGCAGGGUUCCUGAGGGUCGUGGCUGAGGCCCCUCCCAGCCUGAAAGAGUUAACACUGAGAACACUGAUGCUGCGGUCCCUCAGCCAGGGGCUCAGGGUCCUGCCCUGAUUCGAGGGGGGAAACGACACUACUGGCGCCCGUCUCGCAUACCUCAGUGUGGGGCGCGCGGGCGCCCGCGCUCUCCUGGGCGGCAGUGCCAAAGGCGCCCCCACGCCGGGGCGUUGGUUCUCCCCCGUGCUUUCUCCCGUCCUCCAGGGUCGGUCCUGGCCUGAUGCAUGUCCUGUCACCUUGGGUCGUUUUCCCAGGGAACCUGCUUUAAUCAUUGGAUCAACAGAAACCCGAACAGGAACCCCCGCCCCACCCUCAGCCCGUGGGGCUGCCCUGGUCUCUGAGGAGACGUGGGCCUGCGGUCCUCCCUGCUGCUCUGUGUCUGUAUUAGAGGCUCUUACUCUGGUCUCAUCUGAUCACUGUUGGAAUUUCCCUAGCUCUCCCGAAGUGUUCUUGGAAAGCAACUCUUCUUCAAAACUGCCUCUCCCCACCCCUGCUGCCAAAAGUUCUACAUAUCUGUUUCUUGACUAAGAAAUAAAUCUGUUUCAUUAAAAAAAAAAAAAAAUUGGGGGCAGGGGUAGCAGAGGAAGCGCAAAACACUUUUUCCAGAAGAGCGGGUGUGCUGUCAGUCAGCGAAGACUGAUUUCCCGAAUCACCUGGAACGUCCCAGCCACUGGCCCGCUUCCGUCUUCCCGCCACGCUGGGGUGAGGGUGGCUGGCGGGUGGGAUCGGAGGCCUCGGGUGUGUUAUCCCAAGCCAGCAGUUCCAGGUCGUGCCCCUUUGCCAGGCCUACGUGCAAUACCCCAUCGGUGCUUUAGUGCAGGAAGCCCGUUCCAGGAAGCAUGGGAAUGCCAUCUUUAGAUUUCAGGACGUGUGACAAGGCCAGGGAAAAGCUGGCCUGUGCAGGUUUUUAAAAAAAAAACAUGUAUCUUUACCAUCUUAGUUGUUUGUAAAAUUUUAGUUUCUUGAGCGGCUGAAACACCAUUAUUUUUUAUCACUUACUCAUUGCACUUUAUUUUUUUUCCUUCCAUACUUGUUCUCCAGACAGUUGUUGGGGGCAAGUGCUAGGGCAGGGCAAGUGGGGGUGAUUCACGCUCCCCAUUUUCCCCUGCCCUCGCCUCCCUCAUUUGCUGUCCAGAGGACUUGUGUUGAGAGGAGUUGAAGUUCACAGGCCAGGGCACAUCUUUUAUUUAUUUAAUUAUGUUGCCCAACAGAACUUGAUUGUAAAUAAAAGAAAUCUGUUAUAUA